AUGGGUAAACAAAAGAAAACGAGAAAAAUUGUUGAAAAGAGAUUUGGGCAAAUGAAGAAAAUGAUUAACCCCAGGGAUAGCAGGCUAAAGCCAAGUGAUCGUCAGACUUCCAAGAGAAAGAAACCGGAUCCCCACGUUUUAAAAAUACGAGAAGUUCCAAAGUCAAGCUCAGCUUUAUUCUUUCAGUAUAAUAUGCAACUUGGGCCACCUUACCAUCUUAUAGUUGAUACGAAUUUUAUAAAUUUCUCUAUUAAAAACAAAUUAGAUAUUGUUCAGAACAUGAUGGAUUGUUUAUAUGCUAAAUGCAUUCCAUAUAUUACCGAUUGUGUGUUAGGAGAGUUGGAAAAAUUGGGAAGAAAAUAUAGAGUAGCUUUAAGAAUCAUCAAAGAUCCUCGAUUUGAAAGACUAGGAUGUUUACAUAAAGGGACAUAUGCAGAUGACUGUAUUGUACAAAGAGUAACACAACACAAAUGUUAUAUUGUGGCAACAAAUGAUAAAGACCUGAAAAGACGACUGCGAAAAAUACCUGGAGUUCCUAUAAUGUCCGUGGCUGAUCACAAGUACACAAUUGAAAGGAUGCCAGACGCUUAUGGCGCUCCAAAAGGAGCUGUCUAG